UUUGCAGAAGAAUGAAGGCUAAAGGUACCUUGAAGGAGUAUACUGUUAUUGGGAGAAAACUCCCAACAGAAGCGGAGCCGGUCACUCCCCUCUACAGGAUGCGUAUCUUCGCUACCGACCCUGUUGUUGCAAGAUCUCGGUUCUGGUAUUUCCUCCGUCAGCUCAGGAAGUUCAAGAAGACCACCGGGGAGAUCGUCAGCGUAGAGGAGAUCAGGGAGAAGAAUCCUCUCAAGAUCAAGAAUUUUGGAAUCUGGCUGCGAUAUGAUUCCAGAUCUGGGACCCACAACAUGUACAGGGAGUACAGGGACCUCACCGUCAACGGGGCCAUCACUCAGUGUUAUCGUGACAUGGGCGCCAGGCAUAGAGCCAGGGCUCACGCUAUCCAGAUUAUUAGGUGUGAACCUGUUGCCGCUGGUAAAUGUCGUCGUCCUCUGGUUACACAGACACACGACUCUAAGAUCAAGUUCCCUCUUCCCCGCAGGGUUCAGAAGCAAGGAGGAGCUAUGGUACAGGCAAACCGACCAUCCACGUACUUCCAGUAGAUUCAUAUACCUGGAGCAAAUCAUUUAACUUGGACUAACAUCUUGGAGCAAAAUCCACCAACAUCUUGGAGCAAAAUCCACCAACAUCUUGGAGCAAAAUCUACCAACAUCUUGGAGAAAAAUCCACCAACACCUUGGAGCAAAAUCAACCAACAUCUUGGAGAAAAAGCAACCUUCAUCUUUGAGCAUAAACCGCCAACCAUUUCUUGUUUUGUUCACUAGAGCAAGUUUUAUUGUUAUUUCUAAGUAUAUGAUGAAUGUUCUUUGUACGCCCUGUACCCUUCAAGUUUUCCUUUUACAGA